AUGCCUCCGCUGCUGCUGCGCUCUCCCCUCUCCCUGCUCCUCCUCCGCCGCUGCAGACCUCCACCUCCUCUCCUCCGUCGCACUAGUCUACCACCUCCGCUCGCCCUGCCCAGGCAGCGCCGCCUCUGCACUGCGUCCGCGCACCUCGCCGACCCGCUCGUCGCCCCAGGGGUGGACGAGGCGGUGGCGGGCUUCGUCACCGGCAAGCGCAAGGCCACCGAGGUAGCCCACGCGGUGUGGAGGAGUAUUGUUAGGAAAGGAGAUACAGUGGUUGAUGCCACCUGCGGGAAUGGCAACGACACGUUUGCUUUGCUUAAGAUGGUGGCCGAUGGAAGCGGGCGAGGGCGCGUCUAUGGGAUGGACAUCCAAGAUUCCGCGAUAGAUAGCACCUCCUCUUUUCUGAAGAUGGCCGUCGAUAGCCAAGAGAUGGAGCUAGUCAAGUUGUUUCCGAUAUGUCACCGUAGAAUGGAGGAGAUUGUUCCGAAAGAUUCUCCUGUCAGUCUUGUAGCAUUCAAUCUAGGAUACCUUCCAGGAGGAGAUAAAACAAUAGUCACAGUACCUAAGACAACUGAGCUGGCAUUGCAAGCUGCCAGCAGAAUUGUUAGCUCAGGGGGACUCAUAAGUGUCCUUGUCUACAUUGGGCAUCUAGGUGGAAGGGAUGAACUCGCCAUUGUCGAAUCAUUUGCAUCAAGCUUGCCUGUUGAUACAUGGGUGAGUUGCAAGUUUGAAAUGAUUAACAGACCAGUUGCUCCAGUACUUGUUCUCCUGCACAAGAAAUGAUCGGAGUUCCAGUGAGGGUCUACAAUUUUGGGACUCCAUGUUGAUAGAAUUAAGUGCUACAGUGCAUGAUGUGAAUCCUGUGAUGCUGAUCGCACCAGUGAAUGAAUGAGGAAGGAAUUCUAUAAAGGCUAUGUAACCGAAUGAUUUUUGUCAAUUGUACAAUUUUCUUGA